AUGCGCGUCGAGCAUGCCUUAGCGCUGCUCGUCUUCGCUAUCGCGGCGUGUCACGCUGCCGGCGCGGCUCGCAGGAACGCUGUGUACGCCGACAGCAGCAGCAGCAGCGUGCACUUCGUGUCGCCAGAUGAGGCCAGAGAGCUUCGCGAGGAGGUCCGGGCGAUGUUCUAUCAUGGCUAUAACGGGUACAUGCGUCAUGCGUUUCCUCUGGAUGAGCUUCGCGCUCGGUCAUGCAAAGGAGAGGAUUCACUGGGUGGCUACACCCUCACGCUGAUUGACUCUCUGGAUAGCCUGGCGUUGCUUGGCAACAAGACUGAGUUCGCAACGGCUGUCAGAUGGCUCUCUGCACACCUCAACUUCGAUAAGAACAAGACCGUGUCUCUGUUUGAGACUAACAUCCGAGUCAUGGGAGGGCUGCUGUCAGCACACCUCAUUGCAUCCGACCCUGCUCUGGGCAUGCAGGUGCCUGGAUAUGACAAUGAGCUGUUGAGACUGGCAGAGGACCUGGGUAGGCGAUUGCUGCCAGCUUUCGACACGCCAACAGGCAUCCCUUUCGGCUCAGUCAAUCUGCGCCAUGGAGUGCUGCGAGGGGAGAGCAAGGUGACAGCAACAGCAGGCGGCGGCACACUUGCACUUGAGUUCGGUGUGCUCAGCCGUCUCACAGGCGAUCCAGUGUUUGAGGACGUGGCUCGCAACGCUGUGAGGGCUCUGUGGGCGCGCAGGUCCUCCCUUGGGCUGCUGGGUGCGCAUAUAGACAUCUUCACGGGAGAGUGGACACACAAGGAUGCGGGGGUCGGAACCAGCAUUGAUUCGUUCUACGAGUACCUAAUUAAGGCGCACAUUCUGUUCGGUGACUUUGAGUAUCUGCACAUCUUUCAAGCAGCUUAUGAUGCCGUCAUGACACACAUAUUCCAUGACCCAUGGUACGUGGAGGUCAACAUGGACGUGGCCGUCGUCGUCUGGCCGCUCUUCAACUCCCUCCAAGCCUUUUGGCCAGGGCUGCAGGUCAUGAUCGGAGACGUUGACCGUGCAGCUCGCUCCCACCGCGCCUUCUUCUCCGUCUGGCGGCGCUACGGCUUCACCCCGGAGGGAUUCAACCUAGCGCAGUCAGCAGUGCAGCCGGGGCAGACCUCGUACCCUCUGCGGCCAGAGCUGGCAGAGAGCACAUACUGGCUGUACAAGGCCACCAGGGACUCCUUCUACCUGGCCGUUGGGAGGGACAUGGUUGCCAGCUUGGCGCUAACGCGCUGCCGAUGUGGCUACUGCCACGUCAGCGAUGUUGAGACACAUGCCCUGGACGACCACAUGGAAAGCUUCUUCCUCUCAGAAACGGUGAAGUACCUCUAUCUGCUCUUUGACUUGGCCUUGGGAGGCGACAACAUCAUGGACAAUGGGCCGUACCAGUAUGUGUUGACAACGGAGGGUCAUCUCCUCCCUCUGACUCCCGAGAUCUCUUUCCCCUCAGAGCACUGCUCCUACCUCAACAGCUUCUGUGCUCCGCCUCAAGCCAGCAGUUGCCGGGUCAUGCUGGUAAGGCUGAAGUAA